CGAGUUUGUUUUUGUUGAUGGAUGAUCGUUCUGCUAAAACGGAACCGAACCUUGUGCGUGAAAGAACAGCCGGAAGCGCUUGCUUUGGAUGAGAAUAAUUCCCCCAAAUGGUCAUGUUAUUUACUACGUGGCUUUACGUUCUACUAAUUGCACCACAGGUGGUCUGGUGCUGGAAUGCUUUCGAUCAUGACGGUGGCAGCGAGAUGGAGUUACUCAUGCGACGCAAAUUGGAACUUUUGUCCAAACGAAGGAUCAGACAAGCCCCACAGGCAGUUGCAAGUGAAGUCGACACAUCUCAGUAUGACCUAACACUGCGUCGGGUCAAGUUGAAGCUAAAUCGCACUGCCGCUGGUCAGCAAACAGUAUUUUGCCGCGUCCGAAGCAGCGGAAACAUGUAUCUCUACUCCGAUAAUCAUAUUCUACGAAUCAUUGUUAGCGAAAGCGGCGUGAAACUGGCUUCGAUAGCCACGAUAUCCGAUAUCAACGAGGAAGUAGUUGAAUUCGAGAUGGAGGAACUGAAGACAGUAACUAACAAACGAUUGCUGGUGGGCGUCGUGUAUCUGCGAGAUCGAUUCCAUAUUUAUCAAAUUCCAGAAAAUGCGAAAAAUGAUGGCUCUACGACCAUAAAAGCCAGUCAGAAAAUCAACCGCCCAGGUCAUAUCCAGCGGUCCGUUUUGGUUCAGCACAAGUCUGAUUUGUUCCUCAUCAGCGGAUAUUCGGAAGCUGGCUUCGGUAAAGUUGUGAUCUACCGAUGGGUAGAUUACCACUUUUCCCUGCGUGAUGUCAAAGAAGUGUCACGCUGCGAUGAACUGUUGGUUUUCAGUGGCGAUCAAUUGGUUAUGCUGGUGCUGGAGUUUGCUAAGUACCCGGAACGUUCGGUAAAUAAUAUUUACAUGCUCAACGAUCAAUUCAAAUUGAUAAAAACUCAGGAGAUGUAUUUUCUGUUCGAUCGUUUACCACAUUACAAAGUAGAUAACCAAUUUUACAUAAUGCGUUGCCUGGCUUUAGACUCGUGCUUUUUAUACCGAUGGAAUGGCGAGAGCCUUUUCCGUCGCGUCAGUAAAAUAGGGUUGGAUCCAAGGAACAUUGAUAUUAUGACGUCCGAUUACGACAUGGCAGUAAUGUCCCACGGCAGAACUCUAUACUUCUAUAACAACCAGCCUUUGCUGAAGAUUGCUGCUUCGUAUGUGGUCAUUGGCAAACGCGGAACUGCGAUCGAUACUCCAUUUCCACUAGACCCCAAAGUGGGCAACUUGUUUCUUUAUAAGGAGGAAACCACGGGAAAGUUGUACCUCUGUAUCUUGUACAACUCCGGUCCCAAGAUGUUGGACAUGGUCGAAAUGCAGCUGAAUAAAGCAAGAAGCAUGCCCAGCGCAGGUGAACAAUCGAACUUUAACGCACUGAAGACAUGUCUUUUCCACAUCAAGGAUUUGGUGAACAUUCGCAAAAAGUGGAUUGACUUAUUAAAGUAUCAACUGAGCAAAACAGUACGCACAUGUAAAUCAAAAGGGCAACUUUUGUCAGCAUCCCAAGUGUUUCUGGCCGAAUCAAACAAGGUGGAUCAAAUAGAAGUUGGAGGAAUUAUUGAAACAUCUCCGCAGGGUUUGUUAACUGAUUGGAGCACCUCAAAAAGCAGCUUGGCAGCUUUGCAUGCACAGUCGCAAGAUUUGUUCUAUUUGAAUCGGAUGAACACGGUACAGUCAAAUAUGAAAAUUCAAGGAAACCUACGAACCAAAUCAACCCGAAUGAAACAUGUUAAGGUUCAUAAUCAGCAAAGAGGACCCGUUCAUGUACGUCCUAGAAGGGACUUACAGUCUUCAAAGGUUAUCACAUCGGCUAUUGUCAACGCUAGAGAAGUAUUGUACAGUGGACCAAUGUUUGCAUAUACGAUGAGUCGUUCCAAUAUAAAUUACGUCUCGUCUCCUGUGCAUAUUGGUAACCUUUAUACGACAAGAGUUCAUGUUAGUACGAAUGCAAUUAACCGGAUUCAGAUAGAUCAUAUGUUGUACAACGCAACCGAUAAGUUUGUGGAACAAGGACACAAAGUAUUCAGCGCGAUGGAUCUGACCGCCUUCAAAGUCUACUCAGUGAAUGGAGUCAAAGCUGCUCCGAGAUUCUCCAGUUUGCGGAAAUUUGUCGUUUCAACAGGGGCUGGCGUUCCUGUCAAAUUGUCUGGAACGCGGGGCGUCACGAAUCUGAUCGUAAGCGGAACAUUCAACAAUGUGCUGUUAUCGGAUUUGCUAAAUCAACUGUACUAUGUCGACAAGAAACAAAUUAUCAAUGGUAACGUUUUCCUGCGAUCACCUUCGUACAUCCGAAAUGUACAUGCGCGUCAUUUGAACAGUUUCCCAGUGAACCACUUUUUCGAUUUGAGAACCAAUCAAACUAUCUCGGCUGUGGUACACCUAUCGCAGGUGUACGCUCGAUCGUUGCAUAGUAAAACAAUAAACGGAAUUAAUAUUCCCAGGGAUGUUGCGUUGAUAAGCUCUACAAAAAACAUAAAUUCGGCACUUGCAUCGAAUUUCGUCGUCAUGAAAGACCUCACACUGUCGGCCGAGGAUCAGCACUUUACGAAGCAUGUUUUGGGCACUAAGGUGGAAGAUUUUUCUCAGAUUUAUUCAGGACGUGUUCAUCUGAAGGGAACGUUGAAGUUGAAGAAGCUUAAUAUGGAAAAUCAGAAGGAUCCACUAAUUCUAAAAGGUCUUACAGCUAGUCCUGAUGUUCAACGGUAUUUCUGGAUGAAACACAUUCAACAGGACAUUGGAACAUUCACCUUUAAUCGCAAUGUAGAGACUAGUCACCUAUUGUGCGCGGAGCUGAACUAUAAUCCUACGAGCAACUAUUUAAGGGGUGAUCAAUGGCCUUCGCAUUUGAAUCUAGAAAUGUCGAAUGUUUAUGUGCGGGGUUUCGUGAAGACGUAUGCCACAGUUCCCAGUUUCCUGCAGUAUAUUUAUUCUGAAGCCGUUCAACGCGGAUCCAUGUCAACUGUAUCAGGUCGUAAAGUCUUCACUGGUCAACUACAAACCGACACGCUGGUAGCAGAUGUUGUAGAUUCGAUCAACAUCCAAAGCUUGAUAUCCGACGCUAGCCCACUGGCGUUCCACGAUGGUGUCAAAGAAAUUGGGUACUUAUCGGUAGAGGAAUGUUACAUUGAGCUGCUUGGAGGAAUGACACUUAUGGAGUUUCAUAACAUUUCCUUCGCGUCUAUCAUUGAUAACAGUGUGAAUACUCAUAAUGCGCAACAACUUGAGUAUUUAUUCCUACCGGAUGUGAAAGCAGAGCAUUUUCGAAUAUCGUUGAUCAACGGGGUGAACGCAGAGAACUUUAUAUCCGAAAUCGAUAGCUUUACGUAUCGUGUUGAUCCCUUCGCAAAGCAGUUGAAGAUAGACAAUUUGGUGGUGAAGAAGAACGUAAUUUCGACGAGCCAAAUGUUUAUGGACUAUUUGAACAACAUUGGAGUUAAGGAAUACUUCAAACUGCUGACACUGAAGGGCGAGGGUGACCAUAUGAAACAAUGGGAAAUCGGGGGAUGCAAAACUCUGCAGAAGGGAAUGACGGUUGACGAGACAAUGAGUUUAUUGCACAUGAACAGCAUUAUCCUUGAUAACGUGCUCUACAAUUCAGCAAGGAAAACAGCUAAUCAGAAUAUAGUCGGCUUAUGGAGCAUAGGGCAGCUCGGUGCGAAAUAUUUGGCUACCAAGCAGAUAAAUGAUAUACCGACAAAACAUUUGCAGAAUUCCAACUUGAAAACAUUCAAACUUAAACACGAUAUCUCGAUCGGUACAUUGUCGGUAUCGGAUGCGCAGGGUCACAUGUUUCCCAACAGUUCAUCCUGCUCAAUGCCACCGAAUCUACAGGUGAUCGCCAGCUUAACGGUACACGGAUCGUUGCUGCUACAACAUUGGACUCCUGGAACGCUUCUGUAUGAUGCAAUGCUGUCAGCCGUCACUGGGAACACUGAAGUUUUUGAGAAAAAGAUAGUGUUUAAUGGAAAUUCCGUUGAGAUUUUGAAGAUGUGGAAUGAAGGCAACAUUUUUAGCAAAAGCUGCAACUUUAUGAGCCUGCUCAAUGACUCAGUGAUGAAAAAACAGCCUAAACUCAUUUUUCACACACAUGGAAAAGCAUUCAAGGAAGUCAUUUGUAGCGGCUCGGUAACAUCUAAUGAUUUGGUAACGGCAUCGUUGGUGAACGGAAUAGAUGUGGUUCGAUUGAAUCAGAGCAUUCACUCAGUGGGUCAUCACCAAGAAAUGAUAAAAUCGUACAAGUACUUCGAAGAAGUAAAAGUGGUACAACUGUUAUGCAGCGAUCAGCUGACCGACGGUAUCUAUCCUCACCAUUUGGAUCUUCAUUCUGAGGAGAGUCAGACGAUCAGAAAGCGAUAUCAGUUUGAUAACACUAUUGAGGUCAUCGGAAACUUGUACGUAGAAGCUAUUAACGACUUUUCGCUGCAGCAUUUCUUAGCCACACGCGUGGUUAAAAACCGGACAUACGCUCAGGAGUAUCAUCAGGAAAAGUCACAACAGGUAACUGGAUUGAUACAAUUUUCCAACUUGGUACUGUCAGGCGAACAUAAUACUGUUCACAUCGUUAACGGCAUCCCCGUGAGUGAGAUUGUAUCCAGAUCAUCCAACGAGCAUCAAAUCAUGGUUGAACCAAAGCAUGUGAAGGGCACUGUGCAUCUACUUGGGCCUACUUCGAUUAUGAAGUGCAACGAAGUGAAUCUGUUGGACGCAUACAAGUCUUCCUUUAUGAUCAAUGCCGCUGAAAUGGUAUUCAAGGAAUUGGUGUUUGCUAACGAAGGUAGUCUACAACAUGGAUUGACUAUUGAGAACAGACUGAAUGGUGUUUCCGUCCACAAAAUGAUGAACCUUCGGUUGUCCUCUGUGGAAGAUCUGUUACCGUUGAUCCCGGUAAUAAGAGAGCAACUCUCGAUUUCCAGUAGAGCAUAUGUAGCUAAUAGUGCUAAAGAAUCACGCUUGUUAUAUAUUGAAAACAUUCCGUUAGAUGAGAGCAGCGUUAUGACUCAAAGCAGUAGAACUAAACAGUUCAAAGCGAAUGGAACUAUUGAUUUUGAGAAAUCAUGCACGGAAGGUGUGAAUCGUUUUAAUGUAACUGUUCGUCAAAAUACGCCUGACGGUGAGACAAGCUCUGUACGAGCUACAGUGGACGGAAUGUUGCUUCGAUCCGAAUUCAAGGAAAUUGCCAACAACGGAGAACUGCAAACAUUAGUUGUAUCACAGGUGGAGAAAGAUUCUACCCUGGUGCUACUACUGUACGUUAGUAAAAAUGGUGUGUUAAGUGUACAACAGGAACUUCCUCUAAGUACAUCGGGAGCCUCAUUCCAUUUGAUACACGUGAACGAUUCAGCAUUAUUGCUGUCUGUGUCAGACUCCCACCAACUUCAGUUAGGCACAUUGGCGCCCAAUCUCAAGCUGUUCUACUACGAUCCUGUUUCAUUGCGUUUCGUUCACUUUAAGACAUUUAGCGGAAGCUACACUGAUGUUGUAGCAAUAGAUGUGGACGGCUUGAUAAUGUUUGCUCUUUCUGAGGAAAGCUCCACCAUGGUGGAAAUAUUUAUAAUGGAUCGUUCUUAUUCAUCGUUAUACCAGAAGCUUAUUUUCGAUUCGCCCGUGGCCUCUAUGAAAGCAUACACACUGCAAGGAAACCCGGCGCUACAAAUAGCAACUGUCGACAAUUUGGUUUACGUUUACGGUCACAGUAUUCUUGAGGGUUGGCGGCAGUUGUCGUAUGGUCGAAUUUCAUCUUUUGUGAACUAAGUUUUUUAUUUUUAAUAUUGUUAAUGUUUCGCUAGGAUUAGUUAUGUUAUAAUCAUUGUGUUUUUUUGUUUACAGACGUUUUGUUCUGUAUUUUAUGUACAACAAUAGUCAACCAUUGUUUCUAAAUGUAAUGCAUCUAUUGCAUGAAAACAA